AUGAACAGCUGGUUGGGGUCAAAUCAUGCAGACGAGCAGCCGGUGAACCACUACCCCGGCUGGUCGAUAGCCGCAAGUCCGAGCAAUCAACCAUCGCCGAGUCGUCGAGAGCAUGCUGUGCAGCCUCCUUUGUUGACGACAGCACUGAGCGGUUCGCAGUAUCAGGGUCUCGGGGCAGGCCUGGGUCUGACACCGACCCCAUUGUCCUCGACCUCACUUUCAAGUCCAUUUACGCACGGUCAAUCGCCCUGCGUUCCGACCCCAACAAACGGCAGAUCGGUCUCUUCGUCCUCCAUGGCUUCGAGAAAUGCUUAUAAUGUUCCCUAUAAUCCCCAGGAUUGGGGGCCUCCGGGCAGGUCCCAGGCACAGGGCUAUGCUCCCCCAGCUCCUAUGCAUCGAACGCAGAGAAAUGAUCCAGAUGCGUCGCUUUCACCACCUCCUCCACCGUAUUCGCCGCCUAACAAUCCGAAUCGGAUGACCCAAACAUUCCCUGGACAAGGCAGCUCCAACUUCAUGGAGACACCUUCUCCGCCCAAUCACAGAGAAAGCGAAUAUGAUAUGCCCGCUCAAUAUCAAAGACGCUCAAACCGCCCGAGGCCACUAUCAAUGGUUUAUUCGUCUGACUCGGGGUCUCAUCACCAAUCACUACCUCCACCACCUCCACCUCAGGGACCUGCAAAUAGAUCAGUAUCCCAAAGCCGAGUAGAAUAUCAAGGCACGCCUUAUGGUGAUCAGACUGCAAAUUAUAACACUCCGCCCAGCCAUCGACUGAGGCCACACCAGGCUCAGAUUCAGUCUGGGUUUCCUCAAACACCUGCUCACCUGGAGACUCCAUCUCGGCCUCCUGCAUCGCGAAGAGCGGCAUCGGCUGGGGCCGUGGUAAGCAGUGCAGGAUCAUCAAGAGCUGCAAGUCAAUCGCGAAAUCGAUCCCCAUCUAACAGUAACUGGGAACCCGGGAUGCCACUUCCACCGCCGCCUCCAGGGCCUCCUCCCACGACGAGAUCUGUUAGCGUGAGCGGCUCGUCGGAGUCAUCAAUGAGGACUCCUCAAGGAUCCAGUACGCACGACUCAGGCCGGACCUCGAGAAGAGCGCCCCCAGUCCUUGGAACAGGAUUGGGGAGCAUUCCGCCUACACCUGCGGAUUGGAUAGAUGAGGCAUAUCUGAACAACCGGCCUACGGAAGAACUAUAUGUUGACACAGCCAAGGCAGCCAAACACACAGAAAGUACAGAUCCCCACGACCCCUCUCACCAGAAAACUCCCGGCAGCGGCGGUCUUUUCCGUAGUUCGGCAGUCCGCGAUCCCAGUGCCAAGGGUAUCCGCGAAAGGCGCAUCGAACGACGCAACCGACAAAGCCAGGUCUUCGAACCUCCCAGUGCGAUAUCUCAAAAUGGGAAUCCCUGGGCAGACGCUCUGGAACAGAUCAAGCCCUCAAACCUCAUCCUGCCAGAGCAAAGCAGCAGUCCAGAUCAAAUCCGACAUCCAUCUUCAGCCAAGUACACUCCCACUCCUCGCAGCACCCGGAGUGUUGCAUCAGAGGGACAGCCUGCUCCCUCGCGAUCACGCGCAUCCUCUGGUGGCCUCUUUUCAGAACAAUCACCCUACGGAACUCCGAAGCAACAACCAAGCUCUGCCGGCCCCUCUGCUGCGUUCGCACAUACACCUCCCUUCUCACCGGGUGGAGUGGGCUCUGCGGGAUAUCCCAAGGAGGCCAGUCAAGCAGUUCCACCCAAGGCGCUGCCUACCCCACCUCUUAAUUCGGCAAAGGAUGCCCGGCCGCGAUCCCGCGCUCCCUCUCGGGGAGCAGAGAGUCGCCCAAUCUCUCACAUUCUCCAUAUGCCCAAUGACACUGUGUCGAUGAUGAAGCCAUUGUCGCCCCGACGAACACCGAGUCAGUCACCACAGGCUUCUAUGGAAUCCGUGAUGAGACAAGACUCCACUUUCCUGCAGGAUGCUGUUCAAAGACACAAAGCUUUCGUUGAGAAAGAAGCUUCUGCAGCGGAUGAGACCGAGGCACUCAAGACGUUCGCGGACUACAUUCUUGCCGAGGCUCAAAUUCGACGCCAACGGUACUCCAAAGCAUGGGAUUCCUUCCAGGUGGAGGACGUCCGUCGCAACCUCUUCGAGCUACCUGUCACCAAGACAGGCCCAGGCCUGCCAAAGCUGGACAUACCGCAAAAUCGAGCAAACCGGCCCGAAACUGCAUGGUGGAAUAACUACCAACCCUGUCUCUCGCCAAUUGCCAGCCUCAACAUGAGCAAUGACGAAAUGAGCUCUCGUGGCCGUGCCCCGAGUCGCUGGUGGGAAUCCAAAACUGGUUCAAGUAGCGAUGGAGCUGGGAGACGAGUCCAGAGAUCAAAGCGGGAAUCAAAGUAUAUGGGAUUGCCUCCACUGCAGUGGGAUCAGGAGUUGACGCCUCAGCAAGAUGUGAGUAUGAACUAUGGCCCUCAUGAAUAUCCCCCAGAGAAAGUAGGUUGGCACGAAGACUCUCCUGCAAACUCUACUGGCACUGGGUAUCGAUACCCAGGGAGUCGUAGCUUGGAUAUCUCUCGUUUGAUCACCAUGCCCCCGCCUUAUCCUCGCCACCACCCGGCUGUGAAUAACAGCCAUCCUGACCUGGUUACUCACCGGACUACCGUCCGGUCAAUUACGGACCUCACCGAGGUCAAAACCACCAGACAUCGGUACAAAUCCGAUAUGGAACGGAUGUUACAAGAGCACCAGCAGCAGAUUGACGAGGGUCGUCGGCAUUUCAAAGCCAAUAUCCAAAGCCAGAUACAGGAAGGAAGUCUCACCUUUGCAGAAGCUGCCGAAGCAGAGGCGGCGAUGAUCGUUGAAGAGAACGAAUUGGAGAGACAAAUGAUCAAGCGCCAGCUCGACACGUAUCAAGAGAUCGUGCUCAAGCCCAUGAACGCCAUUCUGGUCGACAGAAUCAGCAGGGCAACCAGCUGCAUCGACGAGCUGAGCAGCAUUCUCUCCGAUGACGCACAACGCGGCACCCCUGACGAAACUCAAGAAGAAGGCGAUGAGAAACCAGAGUUAUUGGAGAAACUCACACAGCUUAAAUGGCUCUUCGAAGCCCGUGAGCAACUCCACCGCGAAUCCUUCGAUCUUGUCAGUGACCGCGACGACAAAUACAAAGCCGUGGCGCUGCUGCCUUACAAACAAACCAAGAACGAAGAUAAGCUUCGUGAAACACAGGCUUUCUUCUCGCAGGACGCCUUGGACCGCCGCGUGCAGUUCGAAAAUGAAGCCCUGACUCGACUCGAGUCGUUCCUGUAUGUCAUUGAGCAGAAUGUCGUCCGGGGUGUCGAGGUCCAACUAUCAGCUUUCUGGGAUAUUGCGCCGUCUCUCCUUGCACUCGUGCAACAAGUCCCUGAAAACCUCCAGGGCUUCCAGGUUCAGAUCCCGUCGGACGAAUAUGACGAAAAUCCCAGCUAUCACGCCCACCCCCUGCAGUAUCUCUAUACGCUGCUUUCUCACGCAGAGAAAUCCAGCUACCAGUUCAUCGAGUCGCAGACGAAUCUUCUUUGUCUGCUGCAUGAAGUACGAUCUGCUGUCAUGCGGGCGAAUCGGGUUCUCGUGGAAGCUGAGCGCAUUAAGUGCGGAGAGACGGAGGAGAACGUCCGUCGUGAGAUGAUGGAGACUCGUGCUGAUGAAGAGCUGGCUCUUACUACUGAUCUCAAAGAGAAGGUUGCUACUGUUGAAGGGCAAUGGACUGAGGCAUUGGGGAGCCAGAUUGAGGAACUGCGAGAGCGGGUGAAGGAGCAACUUGUCAGAGAGGAUGGAUGGGAAGAUUUGGAGCAAUUGGAGGAGUAG